GUUCGAGUAUGGAGCUGUCCGAGUACCGAGGUUCCACAUAUUCGAAAUGCUUAGAUCGAUUUCUGCUGAUUUAUGGCAAAAGCAAAUUUUCAAUCUACUUAUUCAGCAAAGUGCACCCUUACCAAAUAGGCCAAACUGGUUGAUGAUUGUAGGAUUUUGAGAGAAAAAGAACAUUUUUUUUUAUCGUUAUUAUUUUGUUUUUUGACAGCACACUCAGUAUUUCAAGUUUGAUUUUGAACAAAACACUGAACGUCACGCUGAGCUUGUUAUCGCUGCUGGAAAAGGUAACACUAAAACCAUUCAGCAGUUGUUGAAGACUGGCGUGCCUCUGUUACCUAUGGCUGCUCGUGCUGAUCCACUGCUUCAUGCAAUACGACACAACCAAAGAGAUGCUCUGUUCUUGCUGUUAAGUGCUGGUGCUCCUCUCUGCAAUCAAUCAAUAGAGGAUAUGACACCCUUAGAGGGAGCGCACAACACUCUUGGACUCCCAGCUGUUUUUCCUGCUCUCAUCCGCAUGGCAUACAGUGAGAAGAUACAGAUGGAGAUAGAAACUUUAAAAGGCUCUAAAAUCACAGGAAAAGAGGAGGAGGAACUUCUUCAGGUUAUGGAAUCUUAUCAAAAAUGUUUUAGAAUCUUUGGAAAUUUUUCAAAAUUCAUACUGGAAAGUAAUAACUAUGACGAACGAAUUAAAAAAGCGAGAGAUUUACUGUGUACUGCAGCAAGUCAUGGCCUCUCCCUCACUUGUGUUCUACUGGGCUUAGAAGAUGUUUGUAUUCACCCAUUACAAGAUGAAGAAAAUCCUUUCAAGUUGGCAUUCCUUGGAAAUCACUUUGAUACACAAGUCACUCUGUGUAGAGACAUGAAUAUGGUUCCAUUUACCUUUUCUUUGCCACCUUCAGCAAUUUUGCCUUCAGAUUUACUGCAAGAAUAUUGGGUGAAUGAAAGAAAAGUACUUGAUGAUAUUUGUUCAGGAAAACAUGACCGCACGAAACUCAAUAAAGAUGAAACAAAUAUUCUUGAAAAUUAUAUUGAACAACUCAGUAAGGUGAAGCCAAACGAAGACUUGAAAUCUCAAGACAUUACCCUGGAGCGUCCUGAUGACUUUUUCUUAUAUCUUUUAGCUAAACAUGACCUUGUUUACAUACUUUAUAUACUUUACGAGAAAAUUUUUAAAGAUAUGGAUAUAAAUAGUGUAGUAGAGUCAUUUUCUGAGUGUACGAUGUUGCACGUCGCCUCUAUGUACGGACGUUUGAAUAUGCUUGAGUAUCUUUUGUAUCGAAAUCCUGAAUUAGAUAAAGUUACUCUUGGGAAAUACUCUGCUGCUCAUCUUGCUGCCAUUGGAGGACACAAAGAAUGUUACCAAUAUAUUUUAGCAAGAAUGAAUGAUGAUCAAAAGGAAAUGAAGUGUAACAUUCAACUAACAGCUGCAGAAUUAAUGAGAAAAUAUGAAGAAUUCUGCUCUAAUUGUCAGUUGCCCUUGAUGACUCGUGAAGAGGCACUUCAUGUCAAAAAUGAAACUGAAGAUGGAAAACGAGCACAUAAACUUCUGUACAUUAAAGGAAAUUAUCUAAAAAUAACCAAACCAGAUGACUUGAUUGAUGCUGCAGUUAAUAACGUGUGUGAGAAAAAGAAAGUUAACGAGAUAAGCGACAAAAUAAAGAUAGAAACAGACAAACUAGUUGAAAGUAUUGAAGACAAGAAGUUCAAAGGUAAAACCGUUCUCACUGGACCUCUUGUGGAAGGAAAUGAGAUUUUUCACAUCAAUUAUGUUGACUUCAUUUAUGAAGUGUCUCCGGAGCAGGACAUCAUGUGCAAAAGUUCUGGGUUACAUGAAGAAGUCUCUAUAAUCUCAAAGGAUCGACUACUGAAAGGAUCUAAAUUCAGAGAAGCAUUUGCUGAACAUUUAAAGAAAGCAAUUAAAAGUUAUGUAAAUAAAUCAUCAGAUAUAUUAGAUAUAUCAAUUGCACCACCUUUCCAGCUUUACACACAUAAAGGAGUGUACAUACACUGGGUUUGGAACCAUAAAUAUUUCUGUCUGCUUACUUCUUACAUCGUGCCAACACUGGAAGCUGAACUACUCAUUAAUGAGGAAGAAAGCAGAUUUGAGCCUGUAUUCAUUACCAAUAAUUAUGAUGAGUGGAUACUAAGUAAGUACCAAGAAGAAACCAGAUACUUCAAACAUCUUUCAGAAGAUGACAGAAAAGUUUGGUUAGCUUGCCACCUCCUCAGAAAAUUGACUCUGCAACUUUGGUUUGCUCCAAGAUUCAAUACAAAGAGAUACACACAGUCAUGGAAUACUUGGUCAGUUGGUAUUGAAGGUCUGGAAGAAAGAAUCCUUAAACAACUAUUCCAAGACGAGAAAAACACUUCUACUGAGUGGAACAAAAAAUCUGUGUUUGAUCGAGUUAUGUCAGUCUAUAGUCGAGCAGCAAAUAAAGAGUCAGGAAAAUGGGUUCCCAUAAAAGAUGAAGACUUACAUGGAAAAGCUUCAUCAGUGUGCGGGAUCCUGGAAUAUCUGGAGUCUCUUCAGAAAAACGAUAACUUCUAAUCAUGCUGUUUACUAUUAUAUAAAAUUUUGUGAACGAGUGUAAGGCUCAGCGGUCAUAGUUAAUGACUGGUGAUAAAAGAUUGAUUUAUUGAAGAAUUAAAAGUAACAAUGCAGUGGCUCGAAUAAAUUAAAAGAAACUCUCAAAUCUGAAAAUAAAAUAGCUAGGACACUUGAAUUAGUAAAGUUCUGCAAAGACUAAAACAUCUUCCAGGUUUCAUUUCACCGUUUUAUUUUCGCUGAAUUUCAUUUUCACCAUUUUAUAUCCACUUACUUUUCCAGUCACAGUUUCACUGACAUCUUCAUAAAUUACAAAAUCAGUUUAGCUGAGAAUUUAAGAAAAUUUGUGAUGCUUUUACUUCGAUUAUCAUUUAUUUCAAAACAUUUCGGCAAUAUUUUUGAAAAAAGUGACCUGACCCCUGCAGAUAGCCAUUUUCUCACUCAAAAAUUGUGUGUGGCCUCGAUUUGUGAAGUUAAUAACAACAAAAUGGAGCUCUGAACUGUAUAUUAAAAUUUCUCUAAAAAUAAUGCAGCGGAUUAAGAAUCGUGCAAAUUAGCAAUCCACCAAUUUCCUGUGUAAUAUACUUCCAAUCGAAAAGUGGAAUAUAUAUUUUAGUCGGGAUACUAGUAACACAGCCUUGUGCAAAAAGUCAUCACACUUAAACUUGGAUUAAACUGAAAAAAAAAUAAUUUUAGUGGGAAGAGGCAUUGCAGUACCAGUGGGAAAUAUCACUGAGAACUAUAAAUACAGCAUCAUUGGGAAGUAUUACUGUUUGGGAAGCAUCAAUGUUCCGGAAGAAUCGUUUCAGAAGAACAUCAUUGUUUAGGAAGUAUUGUUGUUUGGAAAGUUUGGAAAGUAUCAAUGUUUGGGAAGUAUUAGUGUUUGAGAAAUAUCAGUGUUUGAGAAGUAUAUGUUACUUAUUGUUUUAAUUUUGCUGUAUGUUUUUAACCCUUCAGGGGGCAAGGCAGACCAAAAUGCAAAUUUGAAAGUGAUUUCGUAUGAGAGGAUAAAGCCGCUCGAUGUAAGGUCAAUGAGGUCAUAUAAAUGAAGUUGUAAAAGUUACGUGUCGAGCAAUUGCAGACAUGGUAAGCCCGAGUAAACUCGGUCCUGCCCGUUAACGGUAUAACAAUUUAAAAUGUUGCAAGGUGGCAACUGUUAAAAAGAAAAAUAAAUAUUUUUUAAAUUUAUUAUACAAGUAGACAAUAUAAAAAACAUAAAUGGAACUUGUUUCUGAAUAAUUUGUAAGCAUUAAAAAAAUUGAAAUAGGAACUACUUAUCAACAAUGACACAUUGCAAUGGGAUACAACUUACAAAUGAAAUAUUCCUGAGUUCCCUGAGAAAGAACAAUCAUUUUACAUCACUAAUUUCUGCAAUGAAACUUUAUGAAACAAUUUCUAUCCUUCUUGAUGUAUAGAUUUACUUCGUAUGUUGCACAGGAAAAUGAGGAUGUGACAUGAUUAUUCUUUUUGCUGCAAUACUUGCAUGUAAGCAAGUAUCUUCUUGUUCAAUUUCUGCUUUUUGGAUGGUGGCAUAGCUUCCUCCUCAUCUGUUGACACCUCUGCAUCUAGUGGCAAGUAUUCAUCACCACUGUCAACCAAUUUCAGGUCAUCUGGGUCUUGAUCUGAGUCAUUUUCGUCCCAAACACAGACAAAUUUUGACUUAUCCUUGGAGGACUCGCCAUAGAACAAUUUCUGAUUGAUCUGGAAGGACAAUAAAAACGUUCUGUACACACCCAGAUCAUUACUGAAUUCAUAUAAUAUGGCUAAACUAUUCAUUUAUGCACUAGACACGCAAAUCAGUACUUACCGACAUUGUAGAGGGUGAAAUGCAAGAGUAUAUGAGGAGCACUCGACGAAAAACACGAGUCUGGACGACGCCAAGCUAGAAGUGUUUACAUUUUGCUCUCUUGACCAAAGGGAAGCAAGGAGAUGACAUCUCCUUUAGCUGGAGCGACUCAGGGAAGGCUUAUGAUUGGUCAGAAAUAGAGAAUGGGAACCCAGAUGCAAUGGGGGAGUAGGAGGACACGCGCAAAAACCAUGCUCUCAUGACCAACUAAACUCUGUCCUUAAAGAAAAAGUAAAGUGCUCAUAGUUUUCUCAUUCCCGACUGAUGCAAGUCUGAUGGGUUUUUGAAGAUGUCUGCACAAUGCCUUUCACAGGUCUUCACAAAUUUUAGCAAUAUUGGGCUGUAAUUUUCUUGACCACUUCAGGGCGUUAAGUUACAGCUCUAGGGCCUCUUGAAUUAUCUCUUUACAAAGUCUUUUAAACUGUUCUCAAAUUUUAAAUGGGAUACGAUUCAUCAUGCAGAUGAGUAACAGCUCCUGAACACAACAGAAGGUCAAAUGACCAAAAGCCAGAUGACCAAAAGGUUAGAUGACCGAAAGCUCCAGCUGCAGGUCAUCAUAUGCCUAAGAUCAGCAUCAGAAAACAUUUGUCCUGUUUCCUGACAACCCUUACCUAACCUAACCUAAGUUCCUGAACAAUUGCUUUGAUUACUUCCCUAAUUAAAAAUGCUAAGUUGGAAGAGCUGCCAUUUAUUUCUCUACUCAAGGUCCCUGAAAUUAUCAAUAAGAAGUAAACUGGUUCGAUUGUGGAUCAAUUUUACUACCAGAUAUUAUUACGAGAAGUUCCCUUAAUAAAUACAUAAACUUCGCAUAACUAUUGAUCUACAGCCCACAUCUGUGUACUUAUUUUUAAUUUAUUUAAUGCAGCUUCCAGGUUGUAGGCCAGUUCAAACAGUACUUCAGGUGAGAACUGCAAAAAAAGCAGAGUCGUUCAUUUGAACUAGAUCAUUUACUAUCAUAUCCGUUAUUCUCAACAACUCGAGAUCACAGUUACACUUUAAACCACCCAAUGAGAUUGAGGGACUUAGGUUUUGGCUAGUUGCUCACACAGUGUGCUUUGGGUGAAGUCCGAUUCACUGCUUAAGGUGUGGUUCUCACCAUAGUUUGGUAUCCCUACCAAACAACUCUGGUUUUAACUUUGAGUAUUGCAUUUCCUAUGUAUAUUGCAGCUGGUUAGGUUAGGUAAGAUUUGUCAGGAAACAGGACAAGUGUUUCCUGAUGCGAGAAUUAGUCAUAUGAUGAUUCGCAGCUGGAGCUUUAGGUCAUCUGACCAAGGCCUUGUACUGGCUUUCCAGUCCAACCCGUUAAGAAUUAUGAAUAUAACUAAAAUCAUUUUUACCUGUAUAUUACACUUGAACAUUAGCAUUAAUCUUCGUGAUUUUGUACAAUUUUAUUUAAUAUACUCUAUCUUCUUAAAAAUCGUGAAGAUUUUAUGUUUUUUUCUUAAAAUAUAACUGUUCCUUAAAACCUUCAUUUUAGCAAUUUUUGAUACACUUUUA